GUUAAGAUCAUAUUAUGUGUUAUAUGCUUAAAGUAACCUUACGUUGAGAUUGAUGUUGUUUAUUCAAUUUCCAGUGGAAGGCACUUUACUUUUGACAAAGGUGCAAAUUGGGCUUUUUGUUGCCUUUGUACACGAUACCAUUUAUAUGGCGAGAAUCAUCGUACACAUACCCAGCGGUUUUGCUUUGUAUAAUAGCUACGAAACAUGUUCUAUUUAGCAUACAAAUAACGUAUGUUUUUCCCUUAGCAUAACUUUGCACUUCCGUCUCUGGCUAUAUCCAAGGUUUGUCCGAAGGCAUCGGAGCGUCUCAUCAGGACUGCAUUUCGUCGCGAAUUUCCACGCAUUGUAUGGUACAUGCAGCGAUAGUGUACACUAGUCAUUUCAAUGUUGUGAUGGUUGAAGCAAUGAAUAGUGAGGAGGCGGUGUAUCUCCCCCCUAAUUUAAUUUUGCAGAUCAUGAUCGCUUGUAUUGCUUCAUCAUAUUUGGCGUCGCAUCUCUAUUGCAGUUUGAUGAGACAGAAGCAAUAGAGAUGUUCUUCGUCAACCUCCUACAGGCGUUAUAGCAGUCGAGAUUUUCUCAGUCGAUACGCUCCAAGAAACCUAAAUCCUCCCAAAGCGUUGUUUGAAGGCCGAGAUGAUUAAAUUGUCCCGGGAUAUCACUGGGUAUAGUCGAUUUCAA